AAUUCCUUUCUUUUGAACUGCAACCUCUCCGACCAUUUGAUUCGAAACCAUCUCACAUUUCCCGACCCAUGUUGAACAAAUGGUUUCUCUCCCAGAAUGUUGUUUUAGGUCUCAACACAACAAAAACAACAACCUCAAAAUUCAACAACCCUCUUUUCAACCAACACUUCUCGUUCCUAAUUUCACUCACAAGAUUCUGCACCACAACAUCUCAAUCUGAAUCAGUCACACAUCCAUUCGCUGCAUCUUAUCUCAUCAACAAUUUUGGGUUCUCACAUGAAUCUGCUCUCAAAGCUUUCAACCUCAAGCAAGUUCGUUUCAAUACCGCAGAUAAACCUGAUUCAGUCAUCACCUUCUUUCAAAAUCAUGGCUUUUCACACGACAACAUACGCAUCAUGAUCAGAAGAGCACCAUGGUUACUUUCAUCACAACCCCACAAAAGGUUUUUGCCAAAGUUUCAAUUUUUUCUAUCCAAUGCUGCUUCUUCCUCUGAUAUUGUUCCAUUGUUAACUACAAACCCUAGAAUUUUACGAAGUAGCUUGGACUUGGAGAAACAAAUAAUCCCUCUUUUUGAAUUAUUAAGUAGGUUCUUGAAAACCAACAAGGAUAUCAUUCUUUGCUUAAUUCGAUAUUGGACUGCAUUUGCUACUAAUCCCUAUCACCUUAUUGUGUCUAAUAUCAAUUUGAUGUCUGAUUUUGGAGUUUCUGAUAAUGUUAUUGGUAGUUUGCUUCAGUCAAGGCCGUCUAUAUUUGGUUCAAAGGAUUUGAUUAAGUCAUUGGAGGAAGUUAAGGAUUUAGGGUUUCAUCCUUCAAUGACUAAUUUUGGGACUGCUUUGAUGGCCAAGAAAUGUAUGAGUAAAAAACUUUGGGAUGAGAAAAUUGAUACCUUUAAGAAAUGGGGUUGGUCUGAUGAGGCUAUUAUUCGAGCAUUUAGAUGUCGUCCUGAAUUGUUGUUGGCUUCAAUUGAUAAGAUUAAUUUGGUGAUGAGUUUCUGGGUCAACCAAUUGGGUUGGAAUUCCUUGGCACUUACUAAAAGGCCACAUAUUUUUAGUUACAGUUUGGAUAAAACGAUCACUCCAAGGGCCUCAGUUUUGCAAUUUCUUUUAAUGAAAGGUUUGCGAGAAAAGAAUGCAAGCUUAGUUGCACCAUUUGGUUAUUCUGGGAAAAUGUUCUUGAGCAAGUUUGUUUUCAGCUUUAAGGAGGAGUCUGAUUAUCUAUUAAAGUUAUAUGAGGAAAAAGUGAAACUUGCAUACACAAAAGAGAACAAUGGCAUGCCAAUGCCAUCUACCGAAUGUGUAACUUGUUAAUCAUCUUUUGGAAUUCAACCUUAGAUUGCUCCUUCCUCGUUUUGAAGUAUUUAUUAUGCCUAGGACAAGAUAGUGGUUAGUUUAGUUGUCUUGUUUCGUUUGCUAACUUGGACUACUAUUUGUUUAUCUUAUCAUCAGUUUUAGUUACUUUGGUGCAUAGGUCUUACAUCUAGUACAUUUUAGUUACAAUUUCUUUAUGUCUAGGGGUAACCUUGGCGCAAUUGGUAAAGUUGUUGUCAUGUGACUGAAAGGUUACAGGUCCAGGUACUGGAAACAGCCUCUUGUGUAGAAAAACAGGGUAAGACUGCGUGCAAUAACCAAAAAAUGGUCGGACCCCUUCCGGGACCCUGCGUAUGCGGGAGCUUUAGUGCACCAAGUUGCCCUUUAUAUGUGGAAGAUGGUUUUUCAUUUGGCCAGGGAAUGUUUUUCUCAUGGUGUUAGUUAUUCUUCCUUGUGUAUUUAAUCCAAGGAUCCAUGGUAUAUAUACAAAUUAUAUAUGCAGGCUCACAUGUUUUCAUGAUUAAAGCUUUCAGCCUUAGACUGGAGAAGAUUAUGGACUAAGGUGCUGGAUUGAUUGAUUUUGUCCCCCAACUAUUAUUAGUUCAUUGAAAUGAUUGAUGAUGGGCGCCAUUGAGAAGACUGCUGUGGUUGUUUCGACUUAAACUUGGACAUUGUGCUUUCCAUGUUCCCUCUAUUUGUAAAAAUCUAUAUUAUCAUUACAAACUAUAUUCAUCUAUAGAUUCAGAGUUGGGAAAAUUCCUUCCUCAACACUUCAUUGCCUAGUUAA